GUAGAUUACUACAUGUAAAAACAGUUCUAUAGAAACUCAGUGGACUUUAAAAUUUGACAAUGAUUCCCACCAUCCUUAAAAGGUUUUUAAUGGGAAUCUUGACUACCAUCUCUGCUUUACUGUAUGUAUCUACCAUUAAUGUUCCCUAUACAACAACCACACCAGAAACAGCUUCUGCUGAUGUUUCUACCAUUAAUGUUCCCUAUACAACAGCCAUAACAGAAUUAACUAUAUCUGAUGUUUCUACCAUUAAUGUUCCCUCUACAACAACCACACCAGAAACAGCUUCUGCUGAUGUUUCUACCAUUAAUGUUCCCUCUACAACAACCACACCAGAAACAGCUUCUGCUGAUGUUUCUACCAUUAACGUUCCCUCUACAACAGCCAUACCAGAAUUAACUAUAUCUGAUGUUUCUACCAUUAAUGUUCCCUCUACAAAAGUCACAUCAAAAACAACUUCUGCUGAUGUUUCUACCAUUAAUGUUCCCUAUACAACAGUCACACCAGAAACAACUUCUGUUAUAAAUACUACAGUGCUGGAACAAUGCAAGACACAGACAUCAGACAAAUGUUUGCAGAAUCUUCUCGACCAGAUCGAUAACAUUACAGCUGAAGUGCUUUCUUUGAACGAAGUGACCAACAUUUUGGCUUGGACACUUAAUACUUCAGAGAUCUUAGGGUCAUCUAGCAACCCAAGUGAUCUAGUCUCUUAUGGAAACCGUGUUUUAAAAGCCAAUGAGAAAGUCAUCUCUAUGCUAGUGAAUACAACAGACACAAGUGACACGGUCAAUUUCACUCUUAAUACUGUAGAGGUAGAAGUCUUCAUGGUUGGACCAAAUGUCACUUUAGAUAAAAUCCCUCAGCUGGACACAACAAAUGCUUCUGUGGACAUUGAUCUCAUUGCAAUUGCAAGAAACAACCCUAAAACAAAAACAGCUGCUGUGGCUUUCAUGAGCUACACCACAAUGGAGAACCUACUGAGUCCUGACUUCUUCAACACAUCAGGUGACACAGUUAAAACCAUGAUGUCCACUGUGAUCUCAGCUACUCUUCCCAAAACUGACAACAAAGAGCUCACCAAACCAGUCAACUUCACCCUGAAACACAUCAGAGAAUUUAUCUCUGGAGGUAAUCUGUCCUGUGUGUACUGGAAUAUCAGUGAGUGGAUUGUAGAUGGUUGUUCUGUUGUAAAGACCAACAGCAGCCACACUGUGUGUUCCUGUGUUCAUCUGUCAACAUUCGCUCUCAUCAUGCAAACCAGCAGACCACCAGAGGAUGAUCCACUGAUGGAAAUACUGAAUUUGGUGGUGGUGAUCGUGGGGCUGGUGUUCCUCAGUUUGGCCCUGUUGACUUUCGCUUUUUGUCGGUGGAGUCCUGGAGUGAACAAUGUGGCUCGAAUCAACAUCUGCUUGAGUCUGCUGUUGGCUCAUCUUCUGUUCUUACUCACACAACAGUUCCUGAAAUACAUACAACCUAACCAGGUGUUGUGUGCUGUGAUAUCAGGCGUUCUGCAAUUCUUCUUUCUCUCCUCCUUUGUGUGGAUGUUCAUUGAAGGUGUGCUGCUUUUCAUCUGUGUGAAGAACCUAUCACAGAUCAGCUCCAAACAGAGGGAGGUGCUUAGCAGUGGAUUCAUGAUUGUGAUUGGAUAUGUGAUUGCUCUGGUUGUGGUGGGCGUGUCUGCUUGGCUGCGUCCUGACAGCUAUGGCAGUGAAAAAUGCUGGAUUAAAAUAGAUGACAAAGGAGCAUCCUUGAGUUUUCUGGUACCAGUUUACACCAUAUUAGCAUUAAAUAUGAUUCUCUUCAUCAGCAUCAUCGUCAGUCUGAACUCAACUCUCACAAAACUGAACGCUGGAGUUUCACAGAUGAAACAAACCAAGAUUAUGGUAUUUAAAACACUGGCCCAGUUUGUAGUUCUUGGUUGCCCCUGGAUUCUGGGUGUCUUCACUAAUAGCAGUAAAGUGUUGGAGAUUCUCUUCCUGAUCUUGAACUCUCAGCAAGGAACCUUUAUCUUCCUGAUCCACUGUGUCCUUAAUAAUCAGAUCAGACAACAGUACGUAAAAAAGUUCAAGCACUAUUCCGCUGUACUCAAACUCAACACCUUCAAAAGAUCCCUAAAAAUCACGGAGGCUACAUUAUCCAAACCCAGAAAAUGAGAAUCACUGCUGAAGUGACACUAUUAUAACAGCGACUCUAUUCUUCUGCAUGUUGUCACUGUUCAUAGAUGUGUUAAACAAGAUUUAUUGUCAUUAAUUGUCAAUACUUUUGAUGUAAAAAUAAUCACUAAUAGUACAGGACACUUCCUGUAUAGUACAAAGAUGUAGAUCUACUUAUUAGCAAACUGGAUUCAACAACAAAAAAGUGUCAAACGAUUGUUUAUCUGCAUUAAUGUUGGAGUUCAGCGAACUCUUUGGCAAAUAUACUUCAUAUAAAUUUUGUAUUUUUUUUAUAGUUUUAAAUCGAAAUGAAUUGAACCUGAAUUCAUUGUAAAACAGAAAACUUUUUUGAGAGUAUUCAUUGAUGAUGAAGUAGUGAAAUGAGUGAUCUGCUUGAGGCUCCAAAUACUUUAAUGCAUUUCUGGAUACUUGCAUGUGUGUGAUUAGCGACUGUGUAGAAAUUUGAAUAUAAAUAAGGGGAAAAAGACGUUUUGUGGUUAAAUCAGACUGAUCAACAGAUAACUGCUCUAGAUACACUCUUGACAGGUAAGGAUCUUAUAUGUAACCAUCUACUAGGUAAGGUCUUCACAUGUAUCAUACAUGAAAUUAAAUGAGAUUCGAGGUUUGAGAGAAUAAAAUCUCAUAUCUACUACUGGACAGUUGAAGUAUGAUUGCAAUGGCAGUCAGAGUUCUCCUUAUCUCCACAGGGGAUUGAAGUAGACAUGUGAAGACUUGAUAAACUUGCUGUGGAACCUUUGCUGUAUUUACUUUCCAUUUGUCAAAAAUGCAAACUUGAGCUAUUUACACAUAAAAUGCUUACAAAUAAAUAAACAC